AUGGAGGACUUGAAAUAUCAAUCACUUGAAUUUAGCCCAGCCAUGCAUCAGUUGGAGCAGAUUUUGGAAUUGAAAGCCGCUCUCAAUGCCUCUGACAAACAAAUAAAACCAAAACCCACAGUCUGGUUUCUAUUACCUCCUCAUGUUGGCAUGUCAGAUCUCACCGAGAACCAACAAUUACUCCAACCAUUCCCACAUUCCACGAGAAAGUGGGAAGGCAGAGUCGCAUGGUUGAUCAAUUUCUCCAUGUUCCUUGCUACCGUUUAUUUCUCAUCGAUGAUACUAUUUACCGGAUUGAUUCUUGUCGCUGCUUACGGCUGGAUUGCCACAAUCACAUAUUCUUAUUUGGUUCUCUUCGGCUUCUAUUAUAUUUUCAGCCUCAACACUUAUCCACUGAUCUAUGCGUUCGUGUUCAGAAUCAAUGCUGGUUCAUGGCCUUCAGCAUCGCAGGUGUGGGAUUCAAAAUCGUGUCAAGAGGAGACAUCGCCACGUCUGUUUGAGAACUGCACACGGUUGGAAAAGAUUGCUAUAUGGACAGUGCAAUUUCUUACAUACACACAUGUUGGAAGUUUGAUAGCCUUUUUAGCCCUCCUCAUUACUCACGGUCGGAAUGUUGACCGCAGUUUUGAUUUGGAGAGAGGGGAGAAGUUAGUGGACUUGUGA